GAAAAACAUUAGGUUUAGUCGCCGCCGUUAGGUUUCCGGUGGGAUAUUCAGGUCGCCGGUGUGUUUGAUAGUUUUGAAUUUCUUAGUUUUGCAUGGUGGAAUCAGUGUCGAAUUCCUAGAUUUGGUUCGGUGGUUGAUUUGAUAACGUAAUUUCGUGUUUUUUUGGAUAAUUUCUUCUUCUGAGAGGUAGUUGUGGGGAUUUUUGUGUUGCUUAGGAGUGUAGGGUUUGUUUCUCGUUUGAUUCAGAUCUCCAUUUGCUUCUUUUGAGGGGGUAGCCGGGGCUCCGGCCUCGGCGGGUUGUAAAGCCCCCUAACUUUACAAACUUUGCCAAAUACAUGCCCUUUGAAUUCUUUGAUUCUUUCGUUCUAACCCUAAAUUAACAGAUCGGGGAAAAGGGAUGCCGGCCCUAGCGUGUUGUGUUGACGCCGCCGCCCCUCUUCCUCCCGGUUACACUGCCUGGGAUGGUUCUCUUCCCUCGCCGGAGCCAUUUUCCGGUGUACCUCAUUCCGUUCUUGCUGAUUUAUCUUCAGCCUCGCAUUGGUCACCGUCUCACUCCGCUGCUCUUUACAGAAUCGAUGGAUGGGGUGCGCCUUACUUCUCUGUUAACUCCUCCGGCAACGUGACCGUCCGUCCCCAUGGUUCCGGAACCAUGGAUCACCAGGAGAUUGAUCUUUUGAAGGUGGUGAAGAAGGCGUCUGACCCGAAAUCGUCUGGAGGUCUCGAGCUGCCGCUUCCACUCAUCAUCCGGUUCCCGGACGUCCUUAAGAACCGACUCGAGUCGAUCCAGUCGGCGUUUAAUUGUGCCGUCGAGUCACAAGGCUAUGGCUCCCAUUAUCAGGGAGUUUAUCCCGUGAAAUGCAAUCAGGAUCGCUUCGUCGUGGAGGACAUUGUCAAAUUCGGAUCCUCUUUCAGGUUUGGAUUGGAGGCCGGAUCCAAGCCGGAGCUCCUUUUAGCCAUGAGCUGCCUCUGCAAAGGAAGCUCUGAAUCUCUCUUAAUUUGCAACGGUUUCAAAGAUGCUGAAUACAUCUCACUUGCUUUGAUCGCUCGAAAGCUUUCAUUGAAUACUGUGAUUGUUCUCGAACAAGAGGAAGAGCUGGAUUCCGUUAUUGAUAUGAGCCGAAAACUCGGUGUUCUUCCAGUCGUAGGGAUCCGCGCCAAGCUCCGGACAAAGCAUUCUGGCCACUUUGGAUCUACUUCCGGCGAAAAAGGUAAGUUUGGUCUUACUACAACCCAAAUCCUCCGUGUUGUGAAAAAGCUUGAAAAAUAUGGUAUGUUGGAUUGCCUUCAAUUGCUCCAUUUCCAUAUCGGAUCUCAGAUCCCUUCGACGGCCUUGCUCGCCGACGGAGUGGGCGAGGCGGCGCAGAUUUACAGUGAACUAGUCCGACUAGGUGCUUCCAUGAAAGUUAUUGACAUAGGUGGUGGGCUCGGGAUUGAUUACGAUGGUUCGAAAUCCACUGAUUCAGAUGUCUCCGUGGGCUACACUUUAGAAGAGUACGCCGCCGCCGUUGUACAGGCGGUGAAGUUUGUUUGUGAUCGGAAAUCUGUGAAGCAUCCUGUGAUUUGCAGUGAGAGCGGGCGAGCCAUCGUCUCCCACCAUUCAAUUCUGAUAUUUGAAGCAGUUUCUCGCAGUAAGUACACAGUGCCAACCUUAUCUUCAUUUGAUGUUCAGCAGUUUGGGGAACAGCUCCCUGAGGAGGCCCAUUCCUAUUACCAUAAUCUGUCACAGUCCGCCAUUAGAGGUGAUUAUGAAUCUUGUUUGGUAUAUGCUGAUCAGUUGAAACAGAGAUGCGUUGAGAAAUUCAAAGAUGGGUCUUUGGAUAUCGAACAGUUGGCUGGUGUUGAUGGGUUAUGUGAUUUGGUGGGGAAGGCAAUAGGGGCGUCUGAUCCAGUCAGCACUUAUCAUAUUAAUCUCUCUGUUUUUACAUCAAUUCCUGAUUUCUGGGGUAUAGGACAGUUGUUCCCUAUACUUCCAAUCCAUCGUCUUGAAGAAUGCCCAUCCAAGAAGGGGAUUCUAUCCGAUUUGACUUGUGAUAGUGAUGGAAAGAUUGACAAGUUCAUCGGUGGAGACUCGAGUUUACCCCUUCAUGAAUUGGAAGGUAAAUACUAUUUAGGGAUGUUCUUAGGUGGUGCUUACGAGGAGGCUCUUGGUGGUGUUCACAACCUGUUUGGUGGACCGAGCCUGAUUCGGGUGUCUCAGAGCGAUGGGCCACAUGGGUUUGCUGUGACUAGAGCCGUGGCAGGGCCGUCUUGCAGCGAGGUUCUCCGCCUGAUGCAGCACGAACCAGAGGUGAUGUUUGAAACCCUGAAACAUAGAAUCGAGGAGUAUGUUGAUGACGAAGGUGGAAUGGCUGGAGCUCUAAUGGCAGGUGGUAUUGCUGAAUCAUUCCAUAACAUGCCUUAUUUGACUGUGGCAUCUUCUUGCUGCUUGACUGCUGCAAAUGGAAUGAAUGAAUACUACUAUUCGGAAAGCGCAGGAGGCGACGUGGUUACGGGUGGGGACGUGGUUACAGGAGGCGAUGUGGGUACGGGUGACGACGAGCAGUGGUCCUUUGUUUGUGCUUGAAAAGAAGAGAAGGAAUAAGGUUGUCUUUUGAGGUGUUUACAGACCCAGUUCUAUUUCUAUUUCUAUUUCAUCUCUUUAUUUUGGUUGUGAAGGAAGACAUAGAAGUUAUAAAAUCCUUUGUGGUGUUAUCGAAUGGUAUGUUAUGUGAAUUCGAUAUUCCUUUUCCUUUUCCUUGGAUUGGAUGUACUUCAUCUUUCUACCAUAAUACUAUCAUCUUUCAUACC